AUGAAACGUUUGUUUAGCUUCAGCGUAGUGAACUUUAUCAAAAAACCUGCUCAAAUAAUCACCCCGCCUCUGUAUUCCCUGUCAGUUUACCGUCGAUCCGAAUCCGCUUCCCAUUUUCACACGAAAUCGACGAAUGACAUCAGACAAAUGGAUCUGAGUGACAUGAGAAAAAAAUAUAAAGGCGAUGAUGAGUCUUUUGAAGAGGAUCAGCUCAUUUCCCUUGACCCUAUUAAGCAGUUUGGCGAGUGGUUCGAUCAAGCGACAAAAUGCCCAGAAAUUGGUGAGGCCAACGCCAUGUGCCUUGCAACAGCAUCCAAGGACGGGAGGCCUUCUGCUCGAAUGGUGCUGCUGAAAGGUUACAGUAACGAUGGAUUCUGCUUCUUCACUAAUUACGAGAGCCGUAAAGGCAAAGAGCUGGAUAUAAAUCCCCAUGCCUCUCUUGUGUUUUAUUGGGAACCUCUGAAUAAGCAGGUUCGUAUCGAAGGUACUGUAGAGAGAAUCUCACGUCAGAAUUCAGCUGAAUAUUUUCAUUCCAGACCCAGAAGCAGUCAGAUUGGAGCAGUUGUGAGCAGGCAGAGCAUCGUGAUACCCAACAGACAUUACCUAAGAGAGAAGAACGCAGAGCUGGAGAAGAAAUAUAAGGACUCAGAGGUCCCGGUACCGGAUUAUUGGGGAGGCUACAUUGUUAAUCCAUACCUGAUUGAGUUCUGGCAAGGUCAAACCAACAGACUGCACGAUCGUAUUGUUUUCACAAGAAACAAGGAGGGUGAGACUGAACUUCAGGAAAUGCAGCAUCAGGCCGAGGGAGGUUGGGUGUACCACCGCUUAGCACCUUGAUAGGAAACCUGACCAUUUCACUCAAGAGAAUCAAUAUUCUAGACUAACUAGAGUACUUUAGGAAGUUAAAUGAAACACAUAUAGUUUUAAUUAAAGAAAGACCCUUAAUGUCUUUGAUGUCAUUGUUUUAUCUGUUUACUGAUUGUUUUUGUACCGUAGAAUAAUUAAUUUUAAAUAUUUUAGUAUGUACAUUUGAAUCUUUUCAAUAGGAUAGUAAAUGAUAUGAUGCCUGUGCUACAACAUAUACAUCAUAAACUGUAACUCACACAAGAAGCAAACAACAUUUUAAAUUAGGAACAUAUAUGAAGUUUGAGAAAAUUUCAUUUUCUGUGAAAAGCUUCGUUACAUUUGUAUGUUGUAACUAUUUAAUCUGGGGGUUUUUUCUCACAAAUACAAUAACAUCAAAACUCUCAAAUAAAGCUGAUCUGGAACCUU